GGUAGUUUCAUUUAUAAGUAGAAGCUCUUUUUACUACAGAAAUCUCCAGACCUGUGAUGUGCUAAAGAUGUAAUGAUUUUUUUCUUUCAUCUUCACAGGAACUGAUAUUCAAUGGCUAAAAACAGAGGUGGCAAGUGGCUGAAAUGAAUAUGACUACUAUCCUACAAGAGAUUUUGAUUAAAAGAUCACAGCAGAAGAAGAGGACUUCACCGUUAAACUACAAAGAGAGGCUUUUUGUACUUACAAAGUCUAUGCUAACAUAUUAUGAAGGUCGAGCGGAGAAAAAGUACAGAAAGGGAUCUGUGGAUAUUUCAAGGAUUAAAUGUGUAGAAGUUGUAAAAAGUGAUGGUAUUAUUCCCUGUCAAAAUAAAUAUCCAUUUCAGGUUGUAUAUGAUGCCAAUACACUUUAUAUUUUUGCACCGAGUGCACAAAGCCGGGAUCAGUGGGUGAGGAAUCUGAAAGAAGAAAUAAAGAACAACAGCAAUAUAAUGGUAAAAUAUCAUCCUAAAUUUUGGACAGAGGGAAUUUAUCAGUGUUGCAGACAGACAGAAAAAUUAGCGCCUGGAUGUGAAAAAUAUAAUCUUUUUGAAAACAGUGUAAUGAGAUUGCCGUCUCCAGUGCCAGAAAAAAGUGCGCGAAGGCCUCCGCCACCAGCUCCUCCAGUUGAAGAAAAUGGCAACGAAGAGGAGGAGAUAGUGGUAGCAAUGUAUGACUUCGAGCCUACAGAACAUCAUGAUUUAAGAUUAGAGAAAGGUGAAGAAUAUACGGUGAUUGAGAAGAAUGACAUUCACUGGUGGAAAGCGAGAGACAAAUAUGGAAAACAAGGUUAUAUUCCAAGCAACUACGUAACAGGAAAGAAGUCCAACAACCUCGAUCAAUAUGAGUGGUACAGCAGAAACCUGAACAGAAGCAAGGCAGAGCAGCUCCUCAGGAACGAGGAUAAAGAAGGUGGUUUUGUGGUGAGAGACUCAAGUCAGCCUGGCCUAUAUACAGUUUCCCUUUAUACAAAAUUUGGCGGAGAAGGUUCAUCAGGAAUAAGACACUACCAUAUAAAAGAAACAGUGACGUCACCGAAGCAGUACUACCUCGCAGAAAAACAUCUCUUUAACUCCAUUCCAGAAAUAAUUGAGUAUCACAAACAUAAUGCAGCAGGUCUCGUUACCAGGCUGCGUUACCCAGUGACCCCGAAGAAGACAACAGCACCAACAACAGCAGGAUUCAGCUAUGAGAAAUGGGAAAUUAAUCCCUCGGAACUGACGUUCAUGAGAGAACUGGGGAGCGGUCUGUUCGGUGUCGUGCGCCUUGGGAAAUGGAGGGCACAGUAUAAAGUGGCCAUCAAGGCAAUUCGGGAAGGUGCGAUGUAUGAAGAGGAUUUCAUUGAAGAAGCUAAAGUAAUGAUGAAGCUAACGCAUCCUAAAUUAGUUCAGCUGUAUGGUGUGUGCACACAACAGAGACCUAUUUACAUCGUGACAGAGUUCAUGGAGCAUGGCUGCCUUCUCAAUUACCUGAGACAAAAACGGGGAGUUUUGAGUAAAGACAUCCUGCUCACGAUGUGCCAAGAUGUAUGUGAAGGAAUGGAGUACCUGGAGAGAAACAGCUUUAUCCACAGAGACCUGGCUGCCAGGAACUGCUUAGUGAGUGAUGCAGGAGUGGUCAAAGUGUCAGAUUUUGGGAUGACAAGGUAUGUCCUUGAUGAUCAAUACACAAGCUCCUCAGGGGCUAAAUUUCCUGUGAAAUGGUGCCCCCCAGAAGUUUUUAAUUACAGCCGAUUCAGCAGCAAGUCAGAUGUCUGGUCAUUUGGUGUUUUAAUGUGGGAAGUAUUUACGGAAGGAAAAAUGCCCUUUGAAAAAAGCUCCAACUAUGAAGUGGUAACGAUGGUUAGCCAAGGGCAUCGCUUGUAUCGGCCCAAACUAGCCUGUAAGCAGGUGUAUGAAAUGAUGAUGAUGUGCUGGCAGGAGAAACCAGAGGGGCGCCCGACUUUUGAAGACUUGCUUCACACAAUCAUUGACAUUGCAGAGGGUGAAGAUACUUUCUGAAAAAAGACAACAGCAGCACAAGUACAGGGAAGAAGCCACUUUGCAGAGAUGUGGCUUCACCAUUUCUUUUUAAAAGCUUGAUCCUGUAAGCUGCUGGAUGCUGCUAAACAGUGUGGGGAACCUGUAACAGCUGAUCCACUCCAGCAUAAGGAGAGUUUUACGUGAUGUUGGGAAAUGAGCACAGUAUCUUCAGCAAUAUUAGCAGUCUCUUUAUUUUCUCUGAAAAGUCAGCAUUGCAAA